UCUUGAUUCAUACCACAUAUAUGUACAUAUAAAUGGGAAGAAAAAACGUUGAAGUGGAAGGUGCAACAUCUUCAUCAAUUGAAUGUUGUAUGUGUGGAGAUCAUGGCGUUUCUUCAGAACUCUUCUUAUGCAGCGCCUGCGGAUUCCGAUCACAACACAAAUAUUGCAGCAAUUUGUACCCCGGGGCUGAAUCGUAUGACAUUUGCAACUGGUGCAUCAAUCGAAAAGGGGAAGAGACCACAAAAUCGUCGAAAAAUUCGUCUCACAAAGCCGAUCAUCACGACAUGAAGAUCAAAAAGGGUAAGAUCGACAUUAAUCUUAAAGAUAGAAGAGCAAUUGGUAACGGAAGCAAGAGGGAGAAUAAAACAGCGAUGGCUGCGCCGCCGCCAUUGGCCGGAAGGAAGAGGGUGACGAGCGAUCGCGGUGGGGUUUCGGGUGAGAGGAGGAUUAUUAAACCUGUUUUUAGAAAUAAGGUGAGAAGGUAUAAGCUGUUAGAUGAAGUCUCGAGCUAAUGAAUCAACACUUUUAUUCUCGCAAUUUGAAUGGUCAAAUUUGCAAUUAUCUCAUCUGGCUCCUUUCUAGCAAAUAUGUGAUCGCCACCCGCCACAUAAACAUGUGUCUUCGUAAAGAAAUGAGUUAAUAUAGUCAUAACAGUUUCACAUGUUUAAAUUCUGGUUGUCACAUCAUCGCAUAUUUCAUCGGAAAUUAGACGGAUGAAAUUAUUGCGGAAUUUCUGUCGGAUCGUGAUUUUAAUUUUUAGAUUUUGAAAAAGUGUAGGAGGGACCUGAAUGUUAACCUCUAUCAUGAUUUAUUCGAUAAUUUACCCGCAUUUGAGUUUUGGUGGACAUAUAAUUCCUCAAAUUAUUGGAUGGAAAUGUUUGGAGAGAAAAUUGUAAACUUUGUGUGGGAGAGAAAAUUGUAAACUUUGGUUAUACUUAUGGGGUCGACUUCAAUAAUGACCUCACGUUUUGAAUAUUUCUUUUGGAUGUAUAUUUUUGUGACUGGUGAUACUUGUAAAAAAAAAAAAAUUCUUAACAACUAUGUAUAUGAUGAUUUUCGGCAA